AUGGAGGCGGAAUAUGGUGAAGUUGGUGAAGGCGUAUAUGAAGGGGAGACGGAAGCCGAGUCGGCAGUCGAAGUGUUCGGUGAGAGAUUGGGGCAAGUUGAAGCGGACGCAGAAAGUGAAGCGGUAGAACAGGUUGAAUCGGAACGUGUGUCUGUGUUCGCUCCAGUCGAAUUGGAGUCUGAGGCGCUUGCAGAGACUGCAGCACAACCGGAACGGGAACGAUUGGUUGAGCGUGUCGGUGAGAUGGAGGCGGAAUAUGGUGAAGUUGGUGAAGGCGUAUUUGAAGGGGAGACGGAAGCCGAGUCGGCAGUCGAAGUGUUCGGUGAGAGAUUGGGGCAAGUUGAAGCGGACGCAGAAAGUGAAGCGGUAGAACAGGUUGAAUCGGAACGUGUGUCUGUGUUCGCUCCAGUCGAAUUGGAGUCUGAGGCGCUUGCAGAGACUGCAGCACAACCGGAACGGGAACGAUUGGUUGAGCGUGUCGUCGAAUUGGAGUCUGAGGCGCUUGCAGAGACUGCAGCACAACCGGAACGGGAACGAUUGGUUGAGCGUGUCGGUGAGAUGGAGGCGGAAUAUGGUGAAGUUGGUGAAGGCGUAUUUGAAGGGGAGCCGGAAGCCGAGUCGGCAGUCGAAGUGUUCGGUGAGAGAUUGGGGCAAGUUGAAGCGGACGCAGAAAGUGAAGCGGUAGAACAGGUUGAAUCGGAACGUGUGUCUGUGUUCGCUCCAGUCGAAUUGGAGUCUGAGGCGCUUGCAGAGACUGCAGCACAACCGGAACGGGACCGAGUGGUUGAGCCGUGUCGGUGA